AUGACAACCUCAACAUCUUCCAAGUUCGAUGACGAUGACAUCAACGACGAGGAAUUACUUGCUGCAUGUUGUGAUGAAGACAAAAAUGAUGCCAUUCCAAAUGAAUCAGAUUCGAAAAAACUUCCAACACUUGAUGUCGCAUCAUUCGGUUUUCCAUUCGAGCCCUAUCAAAUCCAAGUUGAUUUUAUGCGUACUCUCUAUUCAACUAUUCAACAAUGUAAACAUGGCAUAUUUGAAUCACCCACUGGCACAGGUAAAAGUUUGAGUUUAAUAUGUGGAUCACUGCGAUGGCUAUUUGAUGAGAUACAAUCUUGGAGAGAUGAGUACGAAGAAUUACUCAAACCGAUCGAAACAAAAACUGAAUCUAGUUCUGGUGAUUGGUUAAAGCGACGGAUGAAGCAAAAAGAAGAAGAAUCAGCUAGAGAAAAACGACGUGAUGAAUUGAAAUUAAAAAUCGAUUUAGAAGAUCAGUAUGUUAAUGCAGCCAAGAAUACAUUAACUACGAGUAUUAAAAAAACGAAACGAGAUUUUGAUGCAAAAUAUCGUCAUUUAUUCGAUGAUGAAGCUCUUCGCAACCCCGAACGCGACUCAUCAUCGUCGAAAGAACAAUUCAAAUUUGAUAAUGCUGAUGAACUAAGGCAUGGCCAAAUUUCAAGAAGUGAUAUUUUUCAAAUCAACUUUUUUUCUAGCGAUGAAGAACUACUGAUCAAAGAUUCGAAUCAAAAGACUCUAUUUGAUGAAGCAGAUUCACCCAGCAAAACCGACAUGACAAACACACGCGAGAAGAAAGCACAUGUUCUCAAAAUCUUCUUUUGUACUCGAACACAUUCUCAAAUAUCUCAAUUCAUUGGUGAAAUACAAAAAACAAAAUACGUUGAUCAACUACGUUUAGUAGCACUUGGAUCACGUCAAAAUCUAUGUAUUAAUGAAUCGGUGCUGAAAUUAAAAUCUAUUACAUUAAUCAAUGAAAAAUGUCUGGACUUGCAAAAACAAAAGAAAGAGAAAAAAACAACGGCAGGUAAACGACAAAAGACUGCAUGCGGAUGUGCAUUUUUACAACAAGAUCGUGUAGAAUGCUUAUCAAACGACAUUCUCACUGAAGCUCAAGAUAUUGAAGAUGUUGUUAAACUCGGUCGUGAAUUGAAUUCGUGUCCGUACUAUGCAACACGAGCGGCUAUCGCUGCCGCUCAUCUUGUCGUUUUACCCUAUCAAACAUUAAUGCAUAAGUCCACGCGUGAAGCAUGUGGGAUCGAAAUGCGUGGCAAUGUUGUUAUUAUUGAUGAAGCUCAUAAUCUACCGGACGCGAUUUGCUCCAUGCAUUCGAAUGAAAUAAGUGGAAAUCAGUUAAUUGACUCGUAUGGACAAUUGUCUCGUUAUCAUGAAAAGUAUAAAGCACGACUAACAGCGAAGAAUUUGUUAUCAAUCAAACAGUUACUUGACGUCCAAAUGAAUCUUCUGAAAACAUUAUGCGCCAAAGAAAAUCUUCCUUCGAUAUACGAUAGUGACAAAUGGAGUAAUCUCGUUGUUUCAUCGAAACCAACAGAGACUUCGUCAACAUUUGAUUUGAUUGAUUAUCUAUGCGAUGCAGGAAUUCAUGUUAAUCUAUUCCAACUGAUCGAUUAUAUAAAAGCCAAUGAAUUGACCAAAAAGUUACAUGGAUUCAUGUCAAAGUAUCCUGUCAACAGGGAGCAAACAGUCGAUGAAAAGAAAACAAAUGAAAGUGCACUACAGAAACUGUUGCAGAAAAAGAAUGCACAAAAACAAGCAAAGGCAAAUACUACGGAAGAAGAACAGUCAAAUAAAGAAUCAGUGGAAUAUCGAGUAUCCAAUUCAUUUGCUAUCUUUGCACAAUUUCUCGAAGCAUUGACUAACCCACGCGACGAUGGCAAAGUUAUUAUUAUCACCAAAGAAAUGCUCGGUCAAUGUUCAAUAAAAUAUUUUGCAUUGAGAACUUCUUCAUUCUUUCAUGAGAUUGUCAACGAAGCUCGAUCGGUUAUUGUUGCUGGUGGAACAAUGCGACCAAUCAGCGAAUUUAUUGAUCAUCUCUUUUUAGCUUGUGGCCAACCAGAAGAGAAGAUUUGUCAAUUAUCAUGCAAUCAUAUUGUUUCUUCUGAUAAUGUCUUGGCGAUUGCUCUACCAUCAGGUCCACAAGAUAUUCAAUUUGAGUUCACUGCUGCCAAUCGUUCAAACACCGCUAUGAUGGACGAAUUAGGUCGAGUUCUUUUAUCAAUGUGUUCGACAAUACCGGACGGUCUUGUCGUAUUCUUCUGUUCCUAUGACCAUUUACAAAAAACGUAUGCUUAUUUUGAAAAGACUUCUGUCUUGAGUAAAAUUGCAGCAAAAAAGAAGAUAUUCAUGGAGCCAAAACGUACGAGUGAUGUUGAUAGUAUUCUUGGCAAUUAUACUAAAUCAAUUAAAAAUGGUCUUGGUGGUUUACUUUUUUCCAUUGUCGGCGGUAAAAUGAGCGAAGGCAUCAACUUUUCGGAUGAACUGGCACGAUGCGUUUGUGUUGUCGGUAUGCCAUAUCCAAAUAUUGGCUCGGCGGAAAUUAUCGAAAAGAUGCGUUAUUUGGAUUCCAUGAAAGUCAAAUCUUCUACAUCAGGUGACAAUACAGGUCGUGCUUAUUACGAAAAUACAUGUUGGAAGGCGAUUAACCAAAGCAUUGGACGAGCUAUUCGACAUCGCGGUGAUUAUGCUUGUCUUCUUCUCAUUGACAAACGAUAUAGUAAAGCAAAUAUUCCAACGAAACUACCACAUUGGUUGGCAAAUAGCUUCCGACAAAUGAGUCAUUUCCAUGAAGCAUCAAAUUCAAUUGAGCAGGUUUGA